UCGCCUUUUCACAAUUAUAUUGUUGUACACACUGUUGGCUUUACCAUUUAUUUUCCUUAUUUAUCAUUUAGAUGCACUCAUCUUGGUGCAUCUGACAACCAGAAAAGAUGGCUUGUGGUGGGAAUAGCACUCAACAAGAUCCUUGUGCCACAGAUCCGUCCUUUUGUGGAACAAGAGGUUGAUAAGGAAUACAACAAUCUCAAGACAAGCCACAAUAUUCACACGCAAAGUACAUCUGGUCGUCUUCAAAGGUGGCCUGCAAGAAAGUUUUUAAAGUAUGAGAACAUCAAUGGUAACAGUCUUCACCCAAAGCUUCCUGGUGGAAAAUACAACAUUUCCUUGUUUGAUUGUAGAGUGUUAUCACACAUUGACUUUGCCAAGCUCUAUGUAGAAAACUUUAUGGCAAAGUUCAAUGCUUUUGAUGACCACUGUGAUGCAUCAGCUGUACUCACACUGCUUGGUGGUGUAGCUGUCUUCUCAGCUGUUGUGGGAGCUGCAGCUGGUGAUGUCAAGAGUGUCAGGAAUGACUGGGCACACUGUGUCUUCAGUAAGUGGGAUCCUGUUAAGUUUCAGCAGAGUUUUGUUGAGAUGGAACACCUAGUAAGAGUCCUGGCUCUACCUGCUGCAGAUGAAGCUAAACUCCUUGCGGAACUAAAAGACUGGGAGACUAAAGGUAGAGUUCUUUGUACAUGCAGUUAAAAUAUGAAAAUCAAAUAAUAUAUUGUAUUGGUACAAUAUUUAGCACAGUCGAUCCUCCUAUAAGCGACCACCCAAAAUGCAAAGACUGAGUGGUUGUUUAUGGGAGGUAGUCAUUUACAAGAAAUAUCCACCACUAGGGGGUCUCUUCCGAGAAGAGGUCCAGGCACAUCUACUUUGUGGAAGAUAAUAAUUAUUGCAUGCAAUAUCUUAGUUAGGAUAUGUGUAGUUCCAUGUUGCCACUGAAGUUCUUCAGAUAUUCUAAGUAACACUGUGCACACAGCAAAAUAGCCGAGAUCAAAAAAUGCGUCAAGUGGUUGCUUACUAGAGGUUAAAAACAAUGGAAAAUCAUUAACCGUCGCGCCCAAAACGUGGUUGCGGUCGCUUACAGGAGGUGGUUGUCUACUAGAAGUUCCAACUGUAAGGCUUUGACGGGGAAAAGUUUGGUGUUUUGGAUUGGCGGUCCUUUAUGGGAGGUGGCCGACAAGAGGUGGUCUCACAUGGAGGUUCGACUGUAUUUUUUUACCUUUUGUAGCUGAAAUCUCAAUUAUCCUCAAUGCACCCCUCCCACAGAAAAGAGAAAACUAAUCCCAACAGCAGUUUGCUUCAUGCCUCACCCUGCCAACUAGAAUUCAACAUGUUUGCCCAGAUAAGUUGAAGAAGAGGUGAUCAUGAGGUCUGGGUGUUCUUUAAGGAAGAGAUCACCUCUCUUCCAAGAAACUGUCCCUGGAUAUUUAUAAUGGUCUUUCCAGGAAGCUGUUCAUGACCUAUAUUAAUGUGUCAGGUAUUAGUGUGUAAUCCGGACUGCUUUGUUGCAGGGACUCUGUUGUGCAUGAACUCCCCCAUGGACCCAGCAUUGCUUCAACUUGUUCAGCAAGAAGUAAAAUUUCUGCAAGAUAAUGUGAGCAACCUGUCUGAAGAAUUUGACCAGGAAAAAGUGAGAGUACAGCAAGAGCUGCAAAACGUUGCCGUAAUUCUUGAAGAGAUGAAACAGAUGGUGGAAAGACUAAAGACCUUUCAAGGUAAUCCUACUUAACCCCUCCCCGCCCAUUUUCAUAAUUCUUGUGUCAUUAUUGCAGCAUAAUAUAAUGGUUUCUAAACCUUAUAUUUACUCAUCAGAGUGUUUGAAAAUUGUGGACUUUCUGCUUCUGUUUUGUAGAGGAUGCAGAUCAGAGGUUUGGAAAUUUAGAGACUCGCACCGGUCAAGUUGAAGACCGAGUACACAGUCUUGAAGGUAAUUUCGAGAUAAGGCACUGAUUGCUCUGUGGGCUAUGAAUAUUAGUUCUUCAAAUCUCUUUUUCAUUUAAAACACUGAUGGUGAAAAUUCAUUUUAUUUAACAUUUUUAUGAGUGUGCACUUUCAUUCGUGACGUCGCACAUUUUAUUUUUUUUUGCAUAUUUUAGAGGAUACAGCUCAGAGGUUUGGAAAUCUGGAGACUCGUACUGGACAAGUUGAAGACCAAGUACACAGCCUUGAAGGUAGUUUCAAUGUGUCAAUGAAAUCUUUUCCAGUAUCAUUUACAAAAAGAAGUCAGCAGAUCAGAGAUUUAAACGAGUUAAAGACCAUUCACACUGUCUUGAAGUUAAUUGGGAGAUGAAGCAAUAAGCCUUAUUUGUUUUGAGUCUCGUUUUUUCUUACCGAAUAUGACCCACCUCGCUGUUGAUAUCUGCUCUGUGCGAAAGCAGUAAAGGUUCUUGUUAGUUAUCUAACACGCAAGGUCACCGCCACAAAAGACACUCACCCAGGAUGCGAUCGUCCGAAUUGCGCCCGGGGGGGGCACUUGGGUAUUUUUUGGGUGGGUAUGUGCCGCCCGGGACUCCAAAUUGGCACCCCGUUCUAGAAAAAAUUUCUCCUAAAAUUGUUACCCCGUUCUAGAAAUGGGCCAAUUUUUUAUACCCCGUUCUAGAAUUCGCCCUAAAACUGAUACCCCGUUCUAGAAAUGGGCCAAUUUUCUAUACUCCGUACAACGGUUUGCUUGUUAACGCAUUGAACUGUAUUUUUAAAAGCAAUCUGUCCUUGAAUACUUUCAAAUGGCGGCUUGCAAAAGUGGAGCUUUCGUGCGAAGCUUUAUAAUAUGGGGCAAGAUCUUUUGCGGAGACUUUACCUAUGGGGCAAGAUUUAGUCCUCGAAGUUUUAGCGCUGGGGAAACCCGCCGUGUAUGGGCAUAUCCAUUACAUACCCUCAUGGGGGGGGCCCCGGGGAAUUGCGGCAACUACUUGACUCCUCCUUUUUAAAUAGCAGGAUAUUAUUUUGCACGCGGAGUAAGUUCUGAAAAUCGAAAAUGCACUUCCAAGUCGACGUUUCUCCUUUCUCCUUUUUGUUCCUUUUGCAGCAAAGUUUCAUGACCUGACGACAAGAGAAUGUGCUGAGUCAAACGCUUCUCUUCAAGACCCACUGAUGACAUCUGACGGUAGGUUAUCAUUCGCGUUUACGGCAAACGGCAAAUGUUAGUUUGUAUCACGUGACCAAGUGUUCCAUUACUAAAUCGUUUACUGUUCAUUUAUAAGUUUAACUACACGGAAAUUGGUAGAUUUACGCCAAAUCAAUAACAAUUGUUUUGAGCUGUUUUUAUCCGCUCAUUUCUCAUUUUGAAAAUUUCUCAACUUGAAUCUCACGUUUGCUGUUUGCUGUAAACGCGAUGCUUAUAUUUUCUCUCUAAUAAUUUUAACUGAUUUAGAGUGGAAUUUUAUUUGUUACAAGAAAUGAGAGAAUAGUUUAAUAGCCUUGUAUGCAGUUAUCAAAGAAAGUCAUCAGAUCACAUUUAAUCUCGUGAUACAAAUGGUGUGCGCAUACCAACAGGGGCAAACGAAAACGCCGACGUAAAUAAGGGGAAAUUAUAGCCUUCGUUGCAGACCCUUGGAAGUAGUGGGCGAAAGAGAGAACUGGCGCGCGCGAGGAAGACACGCGCCCACUAGUUCCAAGCGCCUGCUACGUAGGCGAGAGAAAUUAAAGCAUAGUGUUCUUUCUUUCUUGUUAAAAUAUGGUCUUUUUUGUCCAGUGCUCAAAUGUACUUUUUUUAAGCGCGGAUAAAAUUAUAGGCCUCAUUUUUAUUUUCCCUCAUUAGUUAUUCCAGAGAAACUUGUCGAACUUAUCAGACGAGACUACAAAGGCGCGGUGUUGUGUCCCUUUCCAUGGUGUGAAGAUGAACUACAGCUGAAGCUAUCGAACAUUUUUACAAGACUGCAGAUUUUUAGUAGAAGAAAAGAACGUUCACAACUAACCGAUGACAGCGUCAAUAUGACAGAAAUAUUCAAGUCACAUCCAGAAUGUGACAAUCCAAGAGUGGUGCUGAUCGAGGGGAAUCCUGGGAUGGGUAAAACUACCUAUUGUCAAAAGCUGGCUCAUGAUUGGUCCCUGGGGGAAAUUGCAUCUGACGCUUCGUUUCCUGAAGUGGAGAUAUUGCUUCUGUUGAAAUGCCGUGACAUGCACAUGAAAACCGUUAACAUCGAGGAAGCUAUUGAUGAUCAGCUUCUACCACAAGAUGCUGGCAAGAAGGAAAAAGAAGACUUCUUCCAUUUUAUUCGCUCAAAUCAGUCUAAAAUAUUGCUGAUUCUGGAUGGUCUGGAUGAAUUACGUCAGGAGCUGCUUCCGUGCAUUCAGUCAUUGAUUCAAGGCAAAAUUUUUUCCAACACCUUCCUCGUUUUAACAGCUCGACAUGAAGCGGGAAUAAGACUACGACGAUACUGUGACACGCUCCUGGAAAUCACCGGAUAUACUAAUGAUGAAACGGACAGUUACAUCAAGAAGUAUUUCAGCAAGCACGAGGACCAAAGCCUUGCGCAAAAAAUGAUUCAGCAGCUGAAAAUUAACACAGAGCUGAGAGACUUAACGGCUAAUCCACUAAAUACAGCUUUGUUGUGUCUUCUGUGUGAAGAGACAAAGGGAAUUUUCCCUUCCAGUAGAACGAAAAUUUACGAUGAUCUUGUCUCAUGUGCUCUGAGAAGGUAUUUUACCAGGAAGGGCGUGCCUUUGAGUGACGACGAUCCCCUUGAGAGAUGUUCAGACGAGCUGAAUCAGUUAGGAGAAACAGCAUUUGAAGCCCUGUUGAAAAAUCAGUUGUAUUUCAGUCGAGAUGACCAAACAAGCGAGUCCACUGAUUUCCUACAAUUACCGUUUCUUUCCCGUGAGCCUAGUUUGAGCAAAAUUAGGCCAAAGCCAUGCUAUGCUUUUACUCACAAAACUUUCCAGGAAUAUUUUGCUGCAUUCUACCUGGCCAAGCAAAUCAUAACUGGAAACAAAGAAAAAGCCCAGUCUCUGCUAGCUAAGCUCAGUCCUGUUGACAACUGGCAGGUGUGGGAAUUUCUCAUUCCAAUAGUGUCAAGCAAGAGCAGUGAAAUGGCAGUUUUUGUAGUAUCACGUCUUUGUUCUUUUUUCUUUCAAAAAAGGCCACAUAUGACAAACGAUGGCGCCCUUGCUGAUGCGGACAGGUAUUUCGAGGUCUGCGAACGCAAACCUAGUGACUGGACUAUAAGUGUGGACAAAUGGAGUGAUAACGAGAAAGUUUUAGACGAUGUGGUUACUAAAACACUUCAUGUUAUUAAAGGGUGUGAAGACAAUGAGAGUGAACUAAAGGAUUACCAAAGAAAAAUGGUGCGAGUACUGGCGAAAUGCUUUCCGGUGAGAAAGUUGAGCCUUGGCGAACUUGACCGCCAUUAUAUCGUUUAUUCCGAAUACUUGAGAACCAACAGCACAUUGACAGAUUUAUGUGUAAAUAGUACUUUAAACGAGGUACUGUUAGCAACAGUUGAGGGGGUUCGUGAAAAAGACUUAAAGCAUUUGAAUUUGCUUAGCGUGAACACUGACUUUCUUUUUUUGAAGCUUUGUAGCUACCCUUACUUGAAAGAAGACUCUCAAUAUUCUUUUUCCUCUUCUGAAAAAAACAGCUUCAUUGCAAGUUUUACACAACACCAGUCAUGGAUCAAGAAUUUUGGUGCCAGAGAACUUGGGAAGUGUCUUUGUUCGUUUCGUCAUUUAACACAUUUGAAAUUUAGAGGAGACUUUAUCUGCUCUGAGGGAGCCGCAGCACUCGCAGAAGUUAUUCGCGCGAGUCAUAGUUUGACACAUCUGAGUCUUCGUAACGCUGGCGUCCGUGAUUUAGACGCCAUUGUCAUAGGUAACGCUCUACAGUCAAUAACAUGAAAUUGGGUAGAUUGAGACCGCCCUUUGGUCUAGGUUGAUCUAGGAGCAAUUGUUUUAGCAAAUAGUUUAAAUAGCAAUCGUUCUCUACAGUAUGUGGAUCUAAGUGAUAAUGAUGUUGGUGAUCCAGGAGCUCAGGAGCUUGCUCGUGUGUUGAGAUCUAACUCCUCUCUGACCUUCCUCGAUUUAAGUAAUCCAUUAAGAAGUGAAGAAAACGUAAAACCCGUUGUUAUAUUGGAUUCUGAUUUUGAAAUCCGUCAACACCUUGUUCGCGGUGAAUUGAUUGGGGCAUCUGGCGCUUCAUCACUUGCGCGAGCCUUGCGAUCGAAUCGAUCGUUGACUUAUUUAGACCUUUCAUUCAAUGAGAUCGGGAAGGCGGGAGCUGCAGCGCUUGGAGAGGCUCUCCAAUCAAACUGCACUUUGAGUCAUUUGUUCCUAUGCAGCAAUGCGAUAGGUGAUUCGGGAACAGCAUCCCUUGGAGAAGGUCUGAAAUCAAACUGCUCCCUAAGUCGACUAUAUCUGACUGAAAAUGGAAUUGGAGAUCCUGGAGCAGAAGUUCUCGGAAAGGCAAUGCAAUCAAAUCACAGCUUGACCCAUUUAAAUCUACAAGUUAACCUUAUUGGCGAUUUAGGGGCAGCAGCCUUAGCAAGUGCACUGGAAUCUACUGGUAUUCAAUUGACCCAUUUAGAUUUGGCUCUCAAUAAGAUCAGCUGUGUGGGUGCAGAAGCCCUCGCGAAAGCUCUUGCGUCUAACAGUUCUCUCAAGGCUUUAGAGUUGGGAAGCAAUGCGAUCGGCUCUUCGGGAGCAUCCUCGUUUGCAAAAGCACUUCGAUCAAAUCGUACUCUUACGCACUUGAUUGUGACCAGUAACAAUAUCACUGAAUCUGGAGCUGUAGAAUUGGUAGAUGCUCUACUGAUUAAUAACAGUUUGAUCUGUUUGAAUGCGGAAGAUAAUCCGAUUAGUUCGCUAGAGGCGGAGAACCUUAAACGGGAUAUCCAGUCGCAUUGUGUUAUUUUUAUAUAG